AUGGUGUAUGAGGUAUUGGUGUGUGAGAUAUUGGUAUGUGAGAUAUUGGUGUGUGAGGUGCUGGUGUGUGAGGUGCUGGUGUGCGCGAUAUUGGUGAGUGAGAUAUUGGUGUGUGAGAUGCUGGUGUGUGAGACGUUCGUAUGUGAGAUAUUGCUGUGUCAGAUGCCAGUGUAUGAGUUAUUGGUUUGUGAGAUGUUGUGCGAGAUAUUGAUGUGUGACAUACUGGUGUGUGAGAUAUUGGUGUGUGAGAUGCUGGUGUCUGAGAUGCUACUGUGUGAGGUAUUGGUGUGUGAGAUUCUGGUGCGUGAGAUAUUGGUUUGUGAGGUGCUGGUGUGUCAGAUGCUGGAGUGUGAGUUAUUGGUGUGCAAGAUGUUUGUGUACGAGAUUCUGGUGUGUGAGAUAUUGGUGUUUGAGAUAUUGGUUUGGGAAUUGCUGUUGUGUGAGAUAUUGGUGUGUGCGUUGCUGGUUUGUGAGAUGCGGGUGCAUGAGAUGCUGUACGAGAUAUUGAUGUGUGAGAUACUGGUGUGUGAGAUAUUGGUGUUUGAGAUGCUGGUGUCUGAGACGCGACUGUGUGAGGUAUUGGUGUGUGAGAUUCUGGUGCGUGAGAUAUUGGUUUUUGAGGUGCUGGUGCGUCAGAAAUUGGUGUGUGAGAUAUUGGUGUGUCAGUUAUUGGUGUGCGAGAUUCUGAUUUUGGUGUGUGAGAUGUUGGUGUGUGAGAUGCUGGUGUGUGAGAUUUUGGUGUGUGAGGUAUUGGUCUGUGAGGUCCUGGUGUGUGAGAUGCUGGUGUGCGAGAUAUUGAUGCAGGUGUGUGAGAUGCUGGUGUGUGUGAUAUUGGUGAGUGAGAUAUUUGUGUGUGAGAUGCUGGUGGGUGAGAUGCUGGUGUGUGAGAUACUGGUGUGUGAGACGCUGGUGUGUGAGAUUCUGGUGCGUGAGAUUCUGGUGCUGGUGUGUGAGAUGCUGGUGUGCGAGAUAUUGGUAUGUGAGAUUCUGGUGUGUGAGAUAUUGGUUUGUGAGGUGCUACUGUGUGAGAUAUUGGUGUCUAAGAUGCAGGUGUGUGAGAUGCAGGUGUGUGAGAUGCUGGUGUGUGAGAUAUUGUUGAGUGAGAUAUUUGAGUGUGAGAUGCUGGUGGGUGAGAUGCUGGUGUGUGAGAUACUGGUGUGUGAGACGAUGGUGUGUGAGUUUCUG